UUUGACUUGAUAGCUGGAAUUUUGUGAAAACCUUAGAAAAAAAAGCCAAAACUGGUGAGGAUGGUUGGGACCAAAUUCCUAGUCCCUCCAUAUUUGAACGACACUUGUUCUGUUUGUUUCGAUGGUCAGCAGUUGUUGUUGUUCUGUUCCCAUUUGGUCUUAGAAAAGUAAAACAAACGCUGACCCCUAAAUCAUUGUCUCCCCAGAGAGAGAGAUAUAGAGACCCAAGUCAGUGACUUUGAUUUGGUUCUCUUCCUUGAAAUUUGAGAUUGGCGGAUUGGCCCUAUAUUUCUAUGGCCAAUCCUCAACAUGAAGAAGAAGAAUCAAAGUCAGUCGUCUCCAUUGCAUCAACCUCAUUAAGGAAAUCAAGGAAAUCAAAGCGUCCUUCCUGGUUCACACCCAAGAGGUUACUUCUCAUAUUCUGUUUGAUCAACUUGGUAAAUUAUGUGGACCGAGGAGCAAUAUCAAGCAACGGCGUGAAUGGGAACCUUCCAAUUUGCAGGAAUGGUAAAUGCAAACCUGCUACCGGCAUACAGGGGCAUUUUUUACUGAACAAUUUUUCAGUUGGAUGUCUAUCGUCAGCUUUUAUGGUUGGACUUCUGGUGGCUUCUCCAAUUUUUGCAGCACUAGCAAAGAGUGUAAAUCCAUUUAAGCUCAUUGGAGUUGGAUUGUCAAUUUGGACUUUUGCUGUAACUGGUUGUGGUUUUUCAUUCAACUUCUUGUCUAUCUUAAUCUGCCGCAUGCUAGUUGGUGUUGGUGAGGCUUCGUUUAUUAGUCUUGCAGCUCCGUUCAUUGAUGAUAAUGCCCCAGCUGCUCAGAAAACUCUAUGGCUUUCAACAUUCUACAUGUGCAUACCAUCUGGAUAUGCACUUGGUUAUGUUUACGGAGGCUUGGUGGGAACUACUCUCAGUUGGCGUGCUGCAUUUUGGGGGGAGGGAAUUCUGAUGCUUCCAUUUGCUAUUCUAGGAUUUGUUAUGAAGCCUUUGCGGAUGAAAGGUUUUAAGCAUGAUGAAUCAAAUGAAGCAUUGACUGUGCAGGAGACGGCUGUCUCAGAAGUUCAAGAUUCAGGUGCUUUGAACCCGAAGGAUAGGGCAGUUUCAAUGAAGGAAGAUGUAACAAAUUCUACCAUACACAAACCUUCCAAGCCAAAAAUUGCAACAAAAAUAAAGAAUCAUCUUUCAAGGUUUAUGAAAGAUAUGAAGGAUCUUUUGGUCGAUAAGGUUUAUGUUGUUAAUGUUCUUGGUUAUGUAGCAUACAACUUUGUAAUUGGUUCGUACUCAUAUUGGGGGCCUAAGGCUGGUUAUAAUAUCUAUCAUAUGACUAAUGCAGAUAUGAUUUUUGGAGGUAUUACAAUUGUGUGCGGAAUAUUGGGAACACUAGCAGGAGGCUUUCUUCUGGAUUUCAUGUCUAACACUAUGUCCAAUUCUUUCAAGCUUCUUUCAACAGCAACGCUUUUUGGGGCAAUAUUAUGCUUUGGUGCCUUUUGCUUGAAGAACAUGUAUGGUUUCCUAGCUCUUUUUGCAGUUGGGCAACUACUUCUCUUUGCAACUCAGGGUCCUGUAAAUUUUGUUUGUCUCCAUUGUGUUAAACCUAGUUUGAGGCCACUAUCUAUGGCCAUUUCUACUGUUGCAAUUCACAUAUUUGGAGAUGUGCCUUCCUCACCUCUUGUUGGAGUUGUCCAGGAUCACAUCCAGAAUUGGAGGUCAACUGCUCUUAUUCUAACAUCCGUUUUGAUUCCUGCAGCGGCCAUAUGGUUUACAGCAAUUUUCAUGGACAGCGUGGAUAGAUAUGACGAAGAAAGUGAUGAUGAAGAAAGUGAUGAUGAGAUAGAAACAACUGAAAUGCCGUCGCUUGAAGAGAAGAAGACAGAGAAAACAACUGAAUCUGCUGCUCAACCUGUCACAUAUUCAACUGUUGUCUAGUAGGUCCUUUUAAUUUAUGUAAAUAUGCUCCCAAUUACAAUUUUCUCUCUCUUUUUUUUUUAUGAGGGCUUUGUUAAUAACAAUUUUUUUUUGCAAGGGUUUGUAGGAAAUUAGUUUUGCUACAGUGAGACUUCAUGUCAUCUUACAUUUGGAUUCCGUUGGUUUCUAAGCCUUCACCAACGGGAACUCAUCAAUAUAUCAAUUAUUGAUAUUUACUGAUAA